AUGGCUUCCAACAAACCAGUUCUCAUUCUCCUUUCCCUCCUCACACUGUCCUCCAUCGUCAUCAUCAAACCCUCUCAUGCCGUUGAUUUCCCCAUGAGCAAACCUGGUUGGAAAAUCGCCGUCUACUGGGGACAAAACAACGAAUCCAGUGAAGGACCCUUAACCGAGGCAUGCGACUCUAAUCUCUACAACAUCGUCGCCAUCGCAUACCUCCAUGUUUCCGGCAACACAACAUCCUUAAACCUGGAAGACCACUGUCCUCUCGGCAACUGCUCCGCCCUAGCUUCACAAAUCCAACACUGUCAAAGCAAAGGCAUCCAAGUCUUUCUUUCCGUCGAGGUGGAUGCCGUCGAUGAUCCUACUUCCUUGGCACAGUAUCUCUACGAUAGCUUUCUCAGCGGAAAAUUAGGCCCUCUCGGAGCAGUGACCUUAGACGGUAUCGAUCUUGCCCACAUUGAAGACCGCCCAGAGCCAUGGGACGAACUCGUGAGGGCGAUCAAUGGUUCGACCCAAGACAAAAAGAUUUACAUUUCGGGAGCCCCACAUUGCAGUACCAGUUCCUUGGACAGUGCAAUCGAUACGGGUCUUUUUGAUUAUCUCUGGGUUCUAUAUUAUGGCCCAUCGGCUACGUGCGAAUAUUUAGGAAACAACGACUUCACAAAUCUUCUUAAUUCAUGGGCAAAAUGGACGUCAAAGCCAGGUUUAGUUAAUAGCUCAGUGUUCUUGGGUUUAGUAGCGUCAAAUGAGACGUCCGCAGCAUCCUAUGGUUACAUACCACCAGAAGAGCUCAAGUCUAAAGUUCUUCCGACCGUGACGGAAUCUUCAAACUUCGGAGGAGUCAUGCUCUGGAACAGGUACUAUGACAAGAAAACAGGUUACAGCACUGAGAUAAAGGAUGCCUUGGGCACAAAAGUUUUUGAAUGCGCACGCCAGGUUCUUGCAUCAAGGAGAUUCAACAGUCUCUUGGCCAAAUCUGUGUAA